GAUAAUGCUAUUAUCAACUUUAUCCGCUACAGUUUGUGUUAUUUCUUAUUUAUUGGCUCAGUGCAUGUUAAACGUUGGGGAAAUAUUAAAAUGGUUGACUGCUUUAUUUCAAUAUAACGUAAUUAAGUAGUUGCAUGUCGCUGAGUCUGAAUCUCGAUUUAUGAGAUAAACUCAGACUGAUCUCUCCUACCUUCGCAGUGAAAUCUUUAAAUAAAACUACAAGGUCGUAUAAAACAUAAAAUGUCAUAGCAAAAAGAUGCACAGUAAGACAGAUUCGUUGUAUUUAAAAUGGAUUAUUGCUACUCGUAUGCUCGUUAUUUAUUAUUGUGUCUACGUUUUUGAGAAAUUGUACUACUAGGUGAACAUUUAUAAGAUAAUUAUGUUAAUAAAUUAUCAUAUUAUUGAUAUAUGAAGACAUCGAAUUAAUAGACACGCGGUAAAUUACAACAUUUUACUUAAAUACUGUAAAUUGACGAGAUUUCUUUUUUAAAAUGCGGAUACAAAGAGAUAGAGGUUGGGCUUGGAUUGUACUUGUCUGUGUGAUAUGCAGCCAGAUUAUUCUCGGAGGAGUUUGUUUUUCCAGUGGAAUAUUUUACAUGAUAUUCAUGGACGUGUUUCCUUCUGAUCCUAUUGGAGUUUCUUGGUUAUGCAGUCUUCCAAUUACUAUGUGGUUUAUUUCGGCACCAGUCGGGAGUUAUGUUACUAACAGAUAUGGUUACCGGACAUGUGCGUUUAUCGGUGGUAUUAUAGCAGCAACAGGACUGACUCUUACUUACUUUGUAACCAAUUUAUCGUUCUUAUUCUUUUCUCAUGGUAUUCUUACAGGAUUGGGGCUUGGUAUCAAUUUUACUGCUUGUAUGGCCUCCCUUAACGUAUACUUCGAAAAUUAUAAGACUGUUGCAACUGGAAUAUCUUCUGUUGGACACAAUCUAGGAAUUAUCAUCUAUACAGAAUUAAUUGUAUUGCUGGAUGAGAGCUACGGUUGGAGAGGGAUGUUUCUAAUACUAGGUGCAAUAACGUUUAACCUGUGCGCAUGUGCAAGUGUUAUGUUUCCAAUGCCUAAUUUUAUACAGCCUGUUACUGAGCCUAAUCAUAACUCAGCUCUAAGCUUAACAAAAACUGAAAUGCAGACACCUGUGAAAAAGAUUAAAAAGAAGUCGAUAAAUAUAUCCGUAUUUAGAAAAUUGUCUUUCAUACUUUUCAAUUUCAGCAAUGUAUUUAUCAACAUUGCUCAAGGGAUAUAUAUACUUUAUUUGCCUUCUUAUUCCAAAUACGCAGGGUUCACACAAACAAAUUUUGGGACAGUGCUUAUGGUUAACUCCGUGUCGAAAAUUGUUGGAAAAGCUGUCUUCAGUUUUAUAGGGCACCAUCCGAAGAUAAACUGUGCUAUUUUAUACACUGUUUCGCUGGCAGUAAGUGGUGUGGCAAUGGGAUUAACACCUUUAUUCCUGACAAAAAUAGGAAUGUUGCUUUUGACAGUAUUUAUUGGAUUUUUUGUUUGUGUAUUAGGAGCUCUUUUGCCAGCGGUUAUCUAUGGAAUUGUUGGCUUUGACAGAUUUACUGACGGAAUGGGAUUAAGUUUGCCUUUCAAAGCUACUGGCAACUUAAUCGGUGGCCCUCUGGCAGGAAUAUUGCUAGCAUCAACUGGAAGUUACGAGAUAUCAUUCUACAUAGCCGGAGUUAGUAUGGUGUUCUCGCAAGUACUGAUGGUAUAUCCCAUAGUUCAUCAAAAACAAAGACAGAAAGCACAUCGAAACAAAGACAUGUACACAGUAUAUGAGAUCAGUGUUGAAAACUGUACAGAAGCUGAUACAUGUAUCAAACCAUUGAAUAGUUCGUAUGAAAUUAAACAAGAAAUAUUAUCGCUGGAGACAAAUGACAAUGAAAAUUUGAAUAAAGUUGGAGAACAUAAUACACUGUUAAAUCCUUGAAACAUUUCUACUAAAGUUGGAGAAAGCAGUAGUGCGAUCAUGAGUAAAAGACCUACAGAUGAUAUGUUUACAUAGUUCAGUGACCUUGUAUAUUUUUUACGUACUGAUUUGAAAUAAAUCUUUGUUUGACAUUCA